UUAUUUCUAGGACAACGCUCCAGUAGGCACACAUACACCGAGAUGAUGACCGGUAGCGUAGUAUUGGUGGUAUUUGUGUGUGCUAGGGCAGUGUUAGGCCUGCCUUAUCUACGUAAAGCAGACCAUUACAAUGAUUCUGGGCCGCUCUUAAAGUUACCAGAUUUGAACAAAGAAGUGUAUUAUCAACAUAUGAAAUUACCUCUGCGUACAUUUGUCGGAGAAAAGAAAAUUGAAUAUGGCUGUUCGGCUUUUCCUCUGAAGGCAGACGAAUACAUUGUCGAGUAUUUGCCCAUCGGAGAACGAGAUGAUGUUUAUCACAUAACAGUCGAUGUAUGCGACGUCCCCUAUGAUGAAGCUCCUAUUUGGGAAUGCGUUGACCCGACGCACGUUUGUAAAGAUCACAAGAGAGAAUUCCUGUAUUCCUGGACGAACGGGGCCCCCGGUUGGACCCUACCAGAAAAUACCGGAAUAUACACCGGUAAUAAACCCCGGUAUGUUAUAAUACAAGUCCAUGGACGUGACGACAUCUCAGAGGAACGUGUCUCGGACUUCGCACACAUGCGUUUGAAAAUCCGGACCACCCGUCCCCGACUAGCUGCAGCUGUUAGUAGAUACGCCGGCACCGGCUCUAUACCUCCUCACGUAGAAAAUUUCACCGUUGACACUGCGUGUGUAUGGAACAGGACAACACCUACGCCUAUAUUAGCUUACGGAAUACAUACACACGGUAGAGGAGUUGCAUUGUCCGGUUACAUUGUGAGAAAAGGCAAAUGGAUCGAGAUUGGACGUGGUGAUCCGGUGUACCCACUGACAAUGUUUGACAUCACAGAGAGAAAUAUUUGGCUUCAACCCGGAGAUGUUGUAGCAACGAGAUGUACCUACCGCAAUACCGGAAACACACGAAUCCAGAUGGGGUUCAACCACGUCAAUGAGAUGUGUAACUAUUUUUUGUAUUACGGUGUUUCUUCCGAUUCAAUUGCUGAGGCCAAGUCACUAGCGUGUUCAAGAGAGGGGGGAGGAUGGGACCAACUGUUUGACAACAUCCCAGCUGACGCAAGCGAUCCUAGUGGCGACACGGAACAGUCUCGCUUUGUCAAAAAGUACCAUCUUACCAGAAGUUACUGAAAGGUUAUUUACAGUCAUCGUUUUUAUCAUUUAAACAUGUAACGAGUACUUCAUAUAAUGGUUUUCUAACAGUGACAGUUUGGGGGAAAACAAAUCAGACAAACAAGAAACUUUUGGUGUUUAAUGUUCGCCGUACCGAUGCCAAAACUGUUAAUAUUAAUUCGAAACCUCUUUUACUGUCAUUGAAAUUGCUUUAAUAAAUCUUGUUUGAAAAUGA